UCUCGUUCCGGCUUGGCCUCCUGACCCCCUCGCCCCCGGCCCGCUCCCCGUCAGGAUAGGUUGGAUUCCUUUCCCGAGUUCCCGGGGCUCAGGUCUGUUCUUGGCCCUGACCCGAGUCUCCGCCGGGAGGACUGGCUGCCCUUGCCUCAGGUCAGCCCUGGGGUUGCCCCCAAAAGCCUGCCCCGCAGUCCUCAGGAACGUCUUGCUCCACGGGGUGACCCGUUUGUGUGCGCGUUUUUACCCCUUAGACCGGGGGAAGCGGUGCGGUGCGUCUCCCCGUCACCUCGGGGCCACCGCGCAGUGUGCCCCCUCCCCCACCGCGAGUUCUCGGGCCCGGCACCUUGUACGGAAGGCCGAGGUCCAAGUCAGUUGUUGCCGUCCGCUCUUGUUCCCGUUGUAAUACAAUUCUCGCAGCUUGCUUCCCCUCACCCCCAGACCUUCCAGGGCACCGCAGAACCGUACCAUUUGCUCCCUGUUAGUUGGAAAGCAUCUGGUGGCUUGAAUUUCUGACUCAUAUGAUUGUUGCUGGAGUCCUGUAAACAAACCGGCACCAGCGCUAUCACAUUCUCCCCGGGAUUUCCCCCUGCUCUGUGGCUUCUUGUUGAGAGGUUUGCUUAUGGGUUAGCGUCGGAAGGAUUCAGGUUUUCCUUUUAGGUGGCUUUUCUACGUGUCGGUGGAGCCGGGAGAUGACUUACCUGGUUCAUUUUAUUCCUGUUAACUGGGUGGGUUAUUUGUUCAGUAGCUCGAGCUACUCUGGUUUUAAAUCUUUCUGAGGAGGUCUAGAAGGACUCUGAAAUGUAUUCCUAAAUAUUUUUAUUGUGAUGUUUGGUAGAGAUACUUUGCCAUUUAAACUUUAACUUUUCUCAGCCCUUCAGUGAAUCAACAGACCUAUUUUCUCAGGAGCUCAGCCUGGCCCUACUUCAGUGAUAAAGAAGGAAAGGCUGGCCACUCUAAACAUCAUUCAAGAUGUCCAGCAAAGGGAGCAGCGCAGAUGGCAAAACAGACUUAGCCAAUGGAAGCUUGUCUAGCAGUCCAGAGGAGAUGUCUGGCGCUGAGGAGGGCCGGGAGACAUCCUCAGGCAUUGAAGUGGAGGCCUCGGACCUGAGCUUGAGCCUGACCGGGGAUGAUGGUGGCCCCAAUCGCACCAGCACAGGAAGUCGGGGUACAGAUACAGAGAGCUCGGGGGAAGACAAGGACUCCGACAGCAUGGAGGACACUGGCCAUUACUCCAUCAACGAUGAAAACCAGGUCCAUGACCGAUCAGAGGAAGAAGAGGAAGAGGAGGAGGAGGAGGAGCGUCCUAGGCGCCGGGUCCAGCGGAAGCGGGCCAGCCGGGACCAGGACUCGUCAGACGAUGAGCGGGCCCUGGAGGACUGGGUGUCUUCGGAGACGUCCGCCCUGCCGCGCCCUCGCUGGCAAGCCCUCCCUGCUCUGCGGGAGCGGGAGCUGGGCUCCAGCGCCCGCUUCGUGUAUGAGGCUUGUGGGGCGAGAGUCUUCGUGCAGCGUUUCCGCCUGCAGCAUGGGCUGGAGGGCCAUACUGGCUGUGUCAACACCCUGCACUUUAACCAACGCGGCACCUGGCUGGCCAGUGGCAGCGAUGACCUGAAGGUGGUGGUUUGGGACUGGGUGCGGCGGCAGCCGGUACUGGACUUCGAGAGCGGCCACAAGAGCAACGUCUUCCAGGCCAAGUUCCUUCCCAACAGCGGUGAUUCCACCCUGGCCAUGUGUGCCCGCGAUGGGCAGGUGCGGGUAGCAGAGCUGUCUGCCACGCAGUGUUGCAAGAACACAAAGCGUGUGGCCCAGCACAAGGGAGCGUCCCACAAGUUGGCCCUGGAACCGGACUCUCCCUGUACGUUCCUAUCUGCAGGUGAAGAUGCGGUUGUCUUCACCAUUGACCUCAGACAAGACCGGCCAGCUUCGAAACUGGUGGUGACAAAAGAAAAGGAGAAGAAAGUGGGGCUGUAUACGAUCUAUGUGAAUCCUGCCAAUACCCACCAGUUUGCAGUGGGUGGACGAGAUCAGUUUGUAAGGAUUUACGACCAGCGAAAAAUCGAUGAGAACGAGAACAAUGGCGUGCUCAAGAAAUUCUGUCCUCAUCACCUGGUGAACAGUGAGUCCAAAGCAAACAUCACCUGUCUUGUGUACAGCCACGACGGCACAGAGCUCCUGGCCAGCUACAACGACGAAGACAUUUACCUCUUCAACUCCGCUCACAGCGAUGGGGCCCAGUACGUGAAGAGAUACAAGGGCCACCGGAAUAACGCCACAGUAAAAGGCGUCAAUUUCUAUGGCCCCAAGAGUGAGUUUGUGGUGAGCGGCAGUGACUGCGGGCACAUCUUCCUCUGGGAAAAGUCAUCGUGCCAGAUCGUCCAGUUCAUGGAGGGGGACAAGGGAGGCGUGGUGAACUGUCUCGAGCCCCACCCUCACCUGCCUGUGCUGGCGACCAGUGGCCUUGACCAUGAUGUCAAGAUCUGGGCACCCACAGCUGAAACUUCCACCGAGCUGACAGGGCUGAAGGACGUGAUAAAGAAGAACAAACGGGAGCGCGACGAGGACAGCUUGCACCACACCGACCUGUUCGACAGCCACAUGCUCUGGUUCCUCAUGCACCACCUGAGACAGAGACGCCACCACCGGCGCUGGCGAGAGCCCGGGGUUGGGGCCCCAGAUGCCGACUCCGAGGAGUCUCCCAGCUCCUCAGACACAUCAGACGAGGACGAGGGCCCCGACCGUGUGCAGUGCAUGCCGUCCUGAGGCCUUGUCGCCAGGAGGGGCGGGCUGGGGCUGCUGGCCCGAUCCUGCCUGGACAGCCCUUUCCUGUGCCAGGCCCUUCCAUUCAGCAGACACGCACUUUGGACUUUUUGCUUUAGAUAAAAAAGAAAGACAUCCCAGGAGAAAGACCAGAGGGGGAGCGAACCCGCGGAAUAGCUAAGAGUGGGAGCCACGCCCCGGGAUGGGCUCCGUGGAGAGGUGCACAGGGCUCAGCAGAAAUGGCCUCUCCCCAAAGCCUUGUUUUUUGGGAGGGGGAGCCUAUUUUGUUAACUGGUUUGGGGUAGGGAAUGGGGUUUCCUUUUCUUUAAUCUCCCUUGUUUCUUGGGUGGGCGGGGUGGGGAUAACUGGCUGUUCAGUACCCAUGGGCCAGAGUGGGGGUGGUAGGAGUGCCACUCUCUCUCUGGUUUAGGUUUUUGGCCUUUUUCUUCUUUAUUUUUUAAAAGUCUGUGACAGUUGCAUUUUUUCCCCCCCCCGAACAACCCCAACCCAGGAUCUUGUUUUUUCUGGGGAGUCCUUAGAGCCCCUAACCACCCCACACUCUUCACUUUCCUUCCCACCCGUUCACCCUCUGUACUUCCCACAGUGUUUCACACUUGAAGAUAAUGUGUUGUUCACGCUCUUCUCUUAAUCCCGUCACCCCUAACUGGGUCUGGUGAGGGGGGCUGGGGGGAGCGGGAGGAGGGGCGGAAGUGGAGGAAGGAUAGAAGGACGUGUUACCUCUUCUGUUACUUUUAAAACAAAGUUGUUUGGUGGCAGCAAUCUCUUUGCCCUGUCACUGUUAGAGGCCUAAUUUUAUAUCUAUAAAUAUAUUAAAAAGCAAGUCAAACUUGGAAGUAUCACGUUAAAAUUAUUGUCAGUUUAAAUACCUACAUAUUCUGACCGCAAUAAAGGGACUGAAAAGAGAGCGCAGGAGUAACAAUGUCGCGGUCGCGCUGGGGUCAGCCCACCCUGUGUGUGUGGCCAGUGGAGAUCAGGGCGAACCCCUUAGGUUCUUGGAGGCUCCAGAAUGGAAGGAGCCUCAAUUUGGCACUUCCUUGCCUCCUGCCACGGUUUUGGGGUUGGGAAAACAGGAAUUUCCUUUCAGUUCUUUGCCUCAGCUCGCCUACCUCUCCUCCUGUUCUGUGGGGUCCCCAGGAUGGCUCUCCAAACCAGAGGCUGGCCUGUCUUGAAAACUUGACUGAACUCGGGACUUCGGAAAGGGUGCUGUCGCUGCGGACUGUCCUACCAUAUGUGACAGAGGACACGUUCAUGCUAGUGUCAGCUGCUUCGUUCUUUAAGCCGCCCCCCUCCCCCCAGCAGCUCCCUUCCUAGGGGAAGAGCAUUGUCGCCAGAGCCCUCCUGGGCUGGCCUUUACAGCCUGUCCACCUCUUGAGACCUUGUGGGCAAGGGACACGUUGAGGGUGCAGGCGGCUGGGGCUUGGACACGUAUCUCGUUGCCGGUCAUGGCUCUGAAAGUCGCAGUUACGUUCCCGCCUGUUGCUUGUGCUGCUAUCUCUCUGCGCCCCAUCCCGGAGCUCUGCACCCCGGGGUGGUGUGCUUCUACUAGAACUGGCCGGGAAGGAAGGGAACAGCGAAAGCAUGGAAUUCCCAGACGCUCCUUCCUCCCGUCCCUUUUCUUAGCAACUGUCAGACCAGAUGUGAGUGCUGCACUUCCACCCUGAGGUGGGCGACGUGUGGCCACAGUGGUCUGCGUUCCCACGGCUGCUGGGUGAGGGAGUGGCCUAGAAACCAUGCACUCUGGAAUUUGUUGUGUAUUUUCUCUCAGUAAAGCUUUUUUUUUUCUUUCUGA